AUGCAUGAAUCAAGAUCAACUCUUACUCCUCCCGAAACAGUCACCGCGGCGUCGCCCCCGUCGACUGCCCCGCUCACACCCCAGUCCGACACUCGGUCGAUCAUAGAGAGUCUAAACCCGAAGGAUCAGUCGCUCUUAAAAAACCCACCGUAUCCGCUAACUCUCUGUCUCGAGGAACUGGUAGCUCCAGGCACAAAACCACGAAAGUCUAGACGUAAAGACGAUAGCACUCCGCCCAGGCCUCAGAAUGGGUUUAUUAUAUUUCGAAAAGAUUGUGACGCUAAACUACAGUUGAUCUAUCCUGAUGGAACAUUUAACAGCCAGAUAAUCUGUAAAAAGGUUGGAGAGGAAUGGCGACGACAGCCCCCGAUUGUGAAGAGAUUUUUUCAAAUACUUCAAAAGAUAGCCUUUGAAAAGCACAAAGCAUUGUAUCCUGAUUACAAAUACACUCCCAAGAAAAGAAAAUCGUUUAAAUGCGAGAAAAAGUUUGAUAUGUACGGGGAGCUGAAAGGAUAUCGAUCAAAAUAUACACCGGUAUUUGCUGCUCCAUAUCGUCUACUGAAUCUCCAACAAAUGGCUGUGGAUCCGUCCAUAAUCACUGGAAUUCCUCCUUCGAUGACUAGCGUCGUUCAGUCUCACCCGAUUGUGACUAACCACUCGGUACAAUAUGAAAUGCCUUGCCUUGACGACUACGAUUUCUCAAAGGACAGAGAAGAGAAUGAUGGUGGGCUUCUACAUUUGGCUGUAGAGGAGAUUCCUAACUACAGAAUUUGA